GGCGCUCGACACGUGUUGUUGCAAGAUACGCUCUUUUUGAACGUGAUGAUUUGCUUUCUUCCUCCGCAUUAAUUGCGAUGGGUAUAUAAGGGGAUAACCGUUUGUGGUUUCCUCUCACUUGGUCGAAAAUUCAAAAAAUUUGCCGUUUGAGAGAAAGUUGUCAUCUGUCUUCUCCGACGAUUUUUUCUGAAAUUCCGGUGAGGUUUCUAGUGUUUCUGUUCACCAUCUUCUGUUUCUUUGAUAUUUUUGAUGGCUGAACCAUCGAAUCCACACAAUGUGGAGGGUGAAAACCCUGAACAGCCGAUAGUGGCUGAGGAAGAAGACGAGGAUGAUGAUGUUGAUGUUCCCGGUGGUGGGUUACCGGUGUUGAAGUGGACAAAAGGUAGUUUUAAAACCCUGAUGGCCACUGUUCAGAUGGCCAAAGACUGGAAUGCUACUUACCCACAAGUGGGGGACACCGGUGCCGAUGCUCCGGCCGGUUAUAUAACCUUGUGGGCGGAUUUUUUCACCCACGGUAACCUUAGGUUGCCGGUGACGGUGUUUGUGGCGGAGGUAUUGGAGUAUUAUCACCUCCAUAUCUCCCAGCUUAGUCCUUUCGGAAUGUUCCGAAUUCGGAAUUUUGAGUACACAUUUCGUGCCCAUGGCCUGCCCAUUUCAGUGGAGAAUUUCCGGCGUUUCUACCAGUUGACGGUGAACACCGGUUUUUUCUCGUUCACUCAAAGGCAUGGGAGUCUGAAGUUGAUGACACCCCCUAAGGGUGUGACAGGCUGGAAGAAGAGGUUCUUCUACGUGAAAGCCUGUGCGGUCUAUGCUAACAUGUCUUUCAGGAACGUCGAUGUUGGAGUUUCCGAUGAAGAUAUUCCUGUUGCUUCCGCAAAGACCGCGGACUGGUUCUCUAGGCUGCGGCCUAUUGAACUCAAGAAGUUGGAUAAUGACCAACUAUGGAUAUUGCGGAUGAUGCUCUCUAGACCGGAUAGGAAGGAAAGGCCCGUGUUGCGGGAACAGGGUGGUGCGGAUGCGGUUGGCUUGUGGAGGAUGUUUGAGCCUGAUUUCAAGGGCCAGGUUGAACUGAUCGCGGUUGAGCUGAAGAAAGGUUUUAACCUUGAAAUUCUGAAGAACUUCCGCGUACCAUCAAAAGCGGUGCUGUAAGCCCCGGUUCCGGGAGACGCAAGAGGUGUCCUUGCGGAUUUGGGGAAGUUUGAGAAACGCGUCCCCAAAAAGACUGUGGAGAAGAAAACGGUAAAAAAGACCGUGCGGGGUCGUGGCAAGAGGAGUGUUGAAGGCUCAGCUGCCCCUUCUUCCGUUUUCGAAGCCGCAGGUAGUGGUGCGGCCGCGGGUGGAACUGCUGUGGUUCCCCCCGUUGUUGGAGAGAAAAGGGGGCCAGAGCAGAAAGCUGCUGGUGGUGGUGAACCGAAGAGGCGGAGACUGCAGACCAGGAGAGUUGCUCCGGUGCAGAAACCUGCAGUUGCUGCUGGUAAGUAUAUCCCUUUUCUUUGUUUUGUAUGUACCAUGGGUGGGAAAUACUCAUUGAAUACUCUUUGUAUUGCAGAAUCCCGAGAUGCGGGGUAUUCUUUUUUUGACAUUCCUGCGUCUCCUCC